ACUACAAUGAUAUACAACAAAAAUGACCCUGAAUCAUCGGGCACAUCCAAACCAGGCCGGUUGGGCGAGGAAGUAUCUGGAAUACAUAGCAAGGCUGGAACAAACCCAGUAAUGAAAGUGAAGGAAACUAAACAUAACGCCACACAAAGCAAUAUAGCUUCAGCAACUCGCAAAACAAUAUCAAGUGACCUACAUAAAACCAGCAGUAUGAACAUAUCAUCGCAGAAGUGUGAUCCAAACCAACUCAUAACGGUGAACAGUAGUAAGAUGACUACAGUUAGAAUGAAGAAAGAUUCAGAGACGUGCUAUAUAUCCGGUAUAUGUGAGACAGCUACUGGAGAACUCCUCGUAACAGACUGGAACAACAGCAGGAUUAAGAUUCUGGACAAGUCCCUCAAGGUCACUGACCACUGUGACCUUCCUGGAAAACCAUGGUCCACGUGCAUCAUUGACUCCAGUUUAUUGGCUGUUGCUCUGAAUAGCUGGGAAGUCCACUUCAUCAGACUCAAAAAAACUUUGUUAGGACUGAGCAGUCUGAAGUUGCAACAUGACGAGACAUUUAAGCUCCCACAUUCCAUAAUGGGUAUUUACCACCACCAGGGCAACCUUUAUGUUACGUCCGGCACAGCUCUGUACCACUACAAGAUUGAUGGGAGACGACUGAUGACGUGUGACGUGAAAAAGAUGUAUGAAGAUACAAAAGGUGGAAUGACCGUCACCUCCUGUGCAGUGAGUGCUGACGGAGAAAGGAUAUAUGUGGUUAAUUGGAAACAACGCCAGUUGGUAACGCUAACAAGGGAUGGCAACGUGGUAUCCACACGGAAAAACCGUGCUCUACGCUGGGGCAACCUGGUGGUGCUUCCGGGCCUCCAUGUAAUGGACUCAGGACAAGUUUUGAUAUGUGGCAUGGAAUCCCACACUAUUCUUCAGGUUGACAGGGAUGGACAACAGAGAAUGGCAGCGGUUGUAACAGAGGAGGAUGGUGUUCACUGGCCGAUAUCUGUGUACUACAGAAAGAAUAAAGAAUUGCUUAUUGUGGGAAUGAAGGACAAUGACAACAUUAUGUUGUUUGACAAAGAGCCACUGAUUGAAGAGCUUAGCUGGAGCUUUAACAAACAAAAAACAUAAAAAAAAUAUUGACUAUUAUAUUUAUGUUAUUUGUCACAAUAGCAACAUUUUAAUACAUAUAUGUUUAUCAUUUAACCGAAUUGCUGUACACAAUAUGUUUUCCAUUAAUAUAGUUUUGAAUAUCACAUAACUAUGCACUUAUAUGACGUACAACAUUUGUUUUAACAUCAAGGACUUUUAUAUUUAGAUUAGUACUCGAAUAAAGUGUUUAUGACUUAAAAAUAUGUUAUAUAACGGGAUAAUGUGAGAUUAAACCGUAUGCAAUUCGUGUAUUGUAUGCACUUAUUUCUUUCAAAGCUUGUAUCAAAGCAAGCAAACACGAGUACAUAAAGUAAGAAGCCUUGAUUGUUUAUUAACAGUUUAAUAUCACUGACAAUCUCGUGUUCUUCGAUUCAAAGGUAACUGUAUUCAUUAUAUCAAGUCCUCUUUCUACAUUGCUUCCUUGUAAAGUUUGUACAAUUACAAGCAAGUAGAUUAAUCUGAAGUCAUGAUGGUUCAUUAAUAGUUGAAUAUCAGACACGAAAAAAAACAAUUUAGUAAUACAACUUUCAGUAAGAAAUAUUUGUUUUAAUUAAUAUGUAUUGAUUCCUUUGUUACAUUUAUGGAUUGUGCAUCAACAGGCUUGAAUGGGGCAAGUUUGUAAAGACACAUGGUAGUCAGAUAUAGACUCUGAAGUUUUGAAAAGACUAAACCGGUAUUCAUAUUUUACUCUCUUCUGCACGUAGAUGUGAUAUCGGAAUCGGUAAAAUUAUUUUUACCGUUUACUGCCAUUUCUUAGUACGAUAAUUUUAGGCAGUUGUUAAAAUUAAUAUGCAUUUAGAAGUCUUUCCUUGCGUUUAAUCUUCAAGAGAUGUCUUAAGAAAUUCGUUUUCUUUGCUAAAUUCAAUAUGCGAGUUUUUCAAACAAACUUUUAACAAGAUGAAGUCCGACUUAACUUGUUUCUGCUAUAGUUAGUAUUUCAAAAACAUGGUACCGGAUCAGAAAUGAAUUAUUCUUGUGUCCCGACAAUAUUCUGGAUAACUAUUAACAUUUUAUUUUCGGGACCAUUUUAUUGGUGUUAUUAUAGACACAUGAUCUAAUGAUUUAACCAACAAAUGGUAAAUUAAAUCCACCUUGCACAUAACAACAAUAAAGACAAUGAUUGUAUUUUGAUUCAAACCACAUGUGUAUAUAUGUAUGGGUUCAUUCAGUGCUGUUAUAAUGCAACUCACUUUUUCUUGGCUUUAGCUGCGCAUACACGCUAGCUUUUGUAUAUAUGCUUAUGUGAUACCGUCUUGACUUCAUUUCAGCAUGGACAUGCCUAUAUUGUCCCGCGUGUUAUAAUUUAAAUUCUUUCUUAUGAUGUAUCAAUAUAAUAUGUAUGACUGUUUGUCAAUUUUAAAAUGUAACCAUUGUCAGCUAGUUCAUAAAAUAAUGGCGCCCAUCUAUUUAUGCCAUUUAAACGUGUGAAGUACAGAUAGUGUGUUUCUAUUAAACGGCUGUUGUUCUGUUAUUCUAUGAAAAUGUAAUAAAACCAGCAAAAAUAAUGUUUGGUAGAUUAUAUAUAAUGUUACCUUAGAGAUUUUGUUACGAAUCAAACUAAAUGCCGAGCUUUAUAACGCUUUUUUCAUAAAUGCUUUGAACGGUUUAUAAUACAUUAAGCAUCGAUUUCACAGAAGUUGCAAAAUUAGCAUCGGUUUUUAUCUAUUAAGCUUUUCUCAAAAGCUGAUGGCAUUGUUUUACUUAUUUUGUUUAUAGCGUUAUGCUGUGAAAUUAUUUUAAAUCACCAUAAGUUAGCAUGUUCUUAAGUUAACACGAAUGUACUGCAUAUACUAACAUCAUUCACGUGCGUAUGCUAGCUGUUCAGACUAGACCGUCGUUGGUUGACAUAUUAUAUGAGUACCGGUAUGUGAAUGUUUGUUGUAUACUAAAUUGGAAUAUUAAAAUAAAACAGUAUUGGUAAUAUAAACACAUCUUGUUUCCAUAAUAUUCGUUGCAUGACAGCAACCAUUUAAGUAUAUUCAUUGCAGACUAUGAUUUAACAAGAGCUACAAAGUGGCCAGUUGUUUUAAAUUGCGACAUAAUUUUUAAAAUGCAGAAAAUGGGUGACGAAAUAAAUAAAUACCCAGCAAGAGAACUGUAUUUAUAAAAUAUGUCAAUUGCAUACGAAUAGUAUGUUGUGCCUUUACAUAAUGUGAUUAGAUAUUGAUAAGUAUCGUUUAUCAUCUUAAUGAUAAUAUUGGCCCGUCAUGCAGAGAUUGUGGUUCAAGUUGUUUUUUCCUUAGGAUGAGGAUAUUACCAUAAGUGCACCAAAUGUAAUGGUAUUAAUUUUGAUAACUUUUAAGAUGUAAAACGCAUUAUGUCCCAAAGCGUUAUUUAUUUGCAGGGUAUCUGUGUGCAAUGCAUGAUGAAAAGGCACUAAAUCACAACUUCUAAACUUCACAUUGGAUUUCUGUGUGUUUUCCAUUAUGUUCGUUUAA